GGUGCCUCACAGUGGAAACGAGCGCGAGCUUUGGUCUGAAGCACCUUUAAUAGAAAUUUUAAACAUCAAACAGACAAACAAAUUAAUUACAUAGCCCAGCCAGCAAUAAUAGUAUGAGUAGCGGAAAUUCAGGCAGAACGAAAUCACCAUAAAGGAUUAAUGUGAAUUUUCAGACAGCACAACAAAACUUUUGGAUUAUAACGAACUAGUUAAAACCAAAAAAAUAAAAUAAAAAUUAGAGUAGUACGAAAAAUUAAAAGUGUGAAAAGUGUCGACAAUCAGUUUUCAAGGAAGAAAUUUCAAAAUUUUGUGGUAAUUAUUUGGUGAGAAAAACGGUUGGCGCAUGCGCGUGGGAAUAAUGUGGAAACUCACAUUGCUGUUAGUGUGCCUCAGUGGCUGCUGUUUGGCCGGACCACUUCAUGGAGUCAAGCGAAAUGUGCCUAUUGUGCUGCAGGAGGAAGAAGUUGAAGCGGAACGUCCGGCACCUGAGCCACUUGCACCCGAGUACCCCGAAAUGCCAUCGACACUGACCUUGCCCAGCAAUGCUACAUCGAUACGUACAGACAUUACUGACAACUUUUCCUGCGAUGACAAAGUAUAUGGUUAUUACGCGGACGUGGAGAAUGACUGCCAGAUAUUCCACGUCUGUUUGCCGGUAACGUACGCGGAUGGCAAAGAGAACACAUUCCGUUGGAGUUUCAUCUGCCCCGAAGAGACGGUGUUCAGUCAGGAUUCAUUUACCUGCAUGCGUCGUGAGGAUAUGGCCAUAACAUGUGAAGAUUCUGUUAACUAUUACGAACUAAACCGAAAUUUUGGCAAUACCGAAGAGCAGAGUGCCAACUCCAAUAAUAUGCCAGAUACUGAAGAGCAAGCGGAAGCACAACAGGCCGAACCAGCUAAACCCACCCAGCAAGAAGUCCAACAAGCUGCUGCACCUCAAGAAGAGCCACAAACAGCUGCAGCUCCUGCUCUAGCAGCAAAGCCUAUGAAAGUGAAGCCUGCGCAGGUGCAGAAACCUAACCGUAGAAAGCCACAACCAAAGCCACAACAAUACCAAACAAUUCAUCCUACAAAUAAACUGCCGUCAAUUAUGCCCCUUCGCAAGAUGCCUAAUGUUGGUCCGAUUGCACCAGUUAAUAUACCAGCUGAAGUAGUAUCCGUCCAUGAAAUUAAAGAUGAGGUAAAAUCAGUACCACCCCGGUAUAAGAAGCGUCCCGCUGUGACGUAUAGCACUGAGAAGGAAGUUGUAGAAGUGCCCGCACCGCCAUUCAAGGUUGAGGUGGUGCACACCUUAAGCAAUCCCGAAUCGCUUAAGCGCAAACGCCCCACAUUUGCACACAAAAAUAAUGUGGUUGUCAACAAAGUGCCUGAGGACGUGGCUGUCAUCGAGUCGGUACCCGUAACUGCGUCGGUAGAACCUGUUGUUCCAGCUGUAAAAUUGGAGUCUAACUUGGGCUCCGCUCCGCUGCCUGUGACAAUCAAUAAACCUGUAGCGCAGACAGCCGAAGAACUACCAGUCAUUGUGGAACCAGCUCAAGAUCCAGUAGAUGCAGAACCACAAGCUUCCGAAAUUGAGGAGCAUAUCGUUGAACCAGAAAAUGCAUUGAAGGCAAUUGUUGAACCACAAAUUGUAAACCGAGACGAUACAAGUAAUGCAAAAGAUGAUAUCGCUGCACCAAUUGCGGUAGCGGUACCAGUCGUAGUGGAAGAGGCUGAAAAUGUUGCGCCAAUUCUGGACGAAACAGUUAAGAAUGACGAACUCGCUGCUGAAGAAAUUUCAAAAGUUGAAGAACCUGUAGCAGAAGAAGUAACAAAAAUUGAGGAGCCAGUGGAGGCAGAGAAAGCGCACAUUGUGGAGACACAAAAAGAAGAACAAUCCGCCAAGCCAAUUGAGGUAGUUGAAGAGGUUCCAGCCUUAAGCUCAGAACCUCUGGAAAGUGCACCAGAAGAGGAAAAGCUUCGAGAAAUUAUCAAGCCACAAAUCAGUAUCGAGACGCCAGCACAACCCGAAGAGCAAUCUUUGCUCGGGGAGCCUGCGGAAAUUGUUGACCAACUAGGCUAUGCAUCGGAGCCUGUUGCUUUGGAUGCCGCACCUGAGGUGAUUGCUCCCAUUGAAAAUAAUGAUGAAUUAUUGCCUGCUUUACCAUCACUAGAAGAGAUGGAGGCACAAAAGCCCGUUGAUGCCAUCGAAACUAUGCCGGCUACACAAGAAAUGGAACAGCAAGACCCUAUUGUGCAACAAGCAUUCGAGGAAAAAGAUAAUCAUUUGCAGACGGUGGGUGGUUUCAAACCUGUAGAUCCCGAGUUGGCCGCAGAAGCUGAAGCUCUUAUCUCAGACUUCAUCAACACACUUAAGAGUGAUCAUCCUAAUAUCAAACCUAGUCUGCCAGUACCGAUAGAAGAAGAAGCACCCGCAACUUCUGCCGAAAGCGAAGAUGUCAAAGUUGAGACUGAGGAAUUGCAACAGACUGAUGAGAAAAAUGAAGAAUCACAAUCUAAUCACGAAGAAACACAAGUUGCUGUCGAAGCUGAUACAAGUUCCCUGCAAACCAUAGCUGCCGAGCAACCUGUAGCAGUUGAACCAGAAAAUGAGCCAGUUGUGUCAGAAAAUGAGCCAAUUGUGACCGAAAAUGAGCCAGCUGUGUCAGAAAAUAAGCCAGUUGUGUCAGAAAAUGAGCCAAUUGUGUCAGAAAAUGAACCCAUUGUGUCUGAAAAUUACCCAAUUGUGGCAGAAAAUGAGCCAGUUGUAGAACAAGAAGUAAACAUUUCGCCAUUGCUUAAGUUCCCAAUAUCCAAUAGUUUCCCUUCCGAUAUGUAUCAUAUUCCAGUAACGGUUAUUCAGACGCCAUACGAAGAAGUACAAAAUAUUAAAUCCGCUGAAAUAACAGCGGUCGAAGAAGAAGCGCCAGCUCAAGAAGAAAAACAGGAGGAAACGAAAUUCCUUCCAGAAGAGGCUGCGUUAGCACAAAGUGAAAUUACAGAGGAGCAAAAGGUGGAGGAUGCCUCCACAGCGGAAGCCCAAUCUGAACCUAUUGCACAGGUUGCAGAAACAGAAGCUGGGGAAAACCAGCCAGAAGCUGCACAUCCCGACCUUUCAGAGGCUGUGGAAAGUCAGCCUGAAAUUGAGCAGCCCGCAGCUCCUAUGGCCUUCAGACCUAUCAGUAUCGAUGACAUUGUUGAACUUGUAAAGGAACGUUUGGAUCAAAUACCAGCCAAUGAGAAAGGAGCACCCAUGGAAUUGGUUAUGGAACCAGACAAUGCUGACAAGCCCAUCGAGUUGAAAUUUAGUUUGCAAAAAGGGUCUGCGCCGCAAGAAGAAUCAGCUGACCAAACACCUGCCGAGGAUAUCAUUUUUCCCAUUUAUCAUAGAGUGUCCGAGCCUGAGAGCAGCAAUAUCCAAGCGCAAGAAACCAUAGCUGUAGACGAGUCAAACGCCAUAGUGACAAACCUUAAAACGUUACCGCUUCAAGCGGAAACCGUGCAGACUGCAGUCGCCCCGGUAGUUGAGUCCGUCGACAAGGCUGUGCAGACGGAUGUCGAAGAACUUGAUGCGAAUGUAGCCAAGACAGCAGGAAACCCUGAGACUGAGACAAAAUCCGCACCUGUGACUGAUAUCCAAGAACCUGAAAGUUCAGCCACCGUUGAGAUUGCGGAGUCCGAUGUGCCAGCUAAAACUGAAACAAGCGAAGCUGAAGACAGUGCCAAAUCUAAUCGCGCGUUGAGAUCGCGCAGUUUGACAAAAGCUAAGUUAGAUCCACGCAAACGUCGUUUCCUCUUCAGAUCGGAUGCCAGUUAGAGCUUUCAAGCACUCCAAUAUAUGCCCAAUGAGCACGCCCUGCACGCCACAGGGUGCACAUGCGCAUUCGCAUGCAACCCGCCCACGAAAUUCCUACAACCUAGGUUGCUAAUUUUUCACUACAUACUUACUUUCACUUGCAUUUACAUGCGUACUACAUUGUUUGGGACUGAUCGCGCAAGCGUCAAACUUUGAAUAUGGGUUGAAUAUGGGUCAACUAUUUUCGAUUCCAACCAAGCAAAAAUGUGUCUUCUAAAACUUUCUUUUCUUAUUUAAGUUAAACUAAUUUAUGAUUUUAGGUCUAUGUUUUUUAUAUGAAAAACUAUAAAAAAUUAAAAAAAUGCAAAAUUUUAGAAAAGUGCGUGAAAUUCACACAGUUUCGUUUGCCGAAGCCAUAUGAAAAAAAUAUGUAUUUAUUUUGUUGUUAUUCGCUGUAAUUUUUUUUGUUCAAUACUUUAAACGAAGAUAAAGGAAAAGAGGAGUGUGAUUUUUAUAUUUUCUUAGUACACAAUAUUUCAGAUGCUCCUUAAUUUAAGUUGAACAAAAACAACAAUUGAAUAAAAUAUAAAAAUAAUAAAAAGAAAAUAUUUAUAAAGAUUUUUUAAAUUAUUAUAACAGUUAAUGUUACAGUAUAGCGAAAAGUGUGUAGACUGAUGAUAAACAUUACUUGAAGUUCAGCAAAAUACACGAGACAUUUACGCAAUCGAAUAAUUCUAUUUACAUAUAUGUACAUAAUAGAAUAUAUUUUUCUCGCCUAUGUUUACAUAGGUACAUUCGAGAUUUUGAACAAACUGUUUAAGUCUUGCGCUAGCAAGGAAAUAUGUUUAUAUUCUAGAAAUUAUCCAAUUUUAGCCGGAAACCUCAACGACCACUGCCUGCUUGUUCGCAACAGUCGUGCCUAAGAAUGAGUGCUUUGAUUGUAUGGAUUUGCAUUCAUCUUUUGGACGAUUGUUGUUGAUGAUUAUUAACUGCUGAAAUUAAAAUUGUUGGGCUAUUUUGUUUUCUGAACGCUAUGUACCCCUCAUUCUAUUAAGUUGUGAACGAAUGUUUUUAAAGAUUUUACGACAAAGCUUUUAGUUAAAAAAUGUAUGAAAUUAGCAUUUUUAGCAUUACUUUUAAUUAUUUGCUGCGAUAAUUUUAUAAAACCGAAUCCAUAUUAUAGUAAGGCCAAUAAAUCGAAAAAUGUACUUCUACUAUCGUAUAAAUACUAAUAUGUAAUACAUACACACAAGGGUGAAAUUUUGAACUGAAAUUAUUCUAUCUUUUAUUUAGAUAGUGAUAAAAUAUUUCAAUUGUUCUCUUAAUACUUUAUUGAUCUCGAUUAAGAGAAAUAUUUAUUUUAAUAUUUCAAAAUAUUAAAAACGUAUUUAGAAGCAAACCAAAAUUCACGUUAUUCGACUCCAACGACUCCGAUGACUAUCCGAAACACGCCACUGGUAAUAAUAAUUAUUAAUAUAUUGUAUUUAAGUGAUGAAAAUUCCAAUCACAAUUAGAUGAUAAAUACUUUGUGAAUCACUCAACAAAAAAUUCAUUAGUUGAAUAAAAAUUACA